AUGGCUUCAAGUGAUUCGGUUCGUGAUAUGUCAAGUAAAUUCGCAAAGUUGGAAAAGUUCGAAGGUCAAGACUUUAGGAGACGGAGAAAAAAGAUGCACUUUCUGCUUACAACUUUGAAGGUCGCUUAUGUGCUCUCUACUCCCUUUCCAAAAGAGGUGGAGAAUGAACCAAUUGAUCAAACCAGGAAAAGACUCAAGUGGGAAAAUGACGAUUAUAUUUGUCGCGGUCACAUACUCAACGGAAUGUCGAAUGCACUGUUUGAUUUCUACCAAAACGCAGAAUCGGCAAAGCAAUGUUGGGAUUCACUCGAAACUAAAUAUAUAUGGCCGAAGACGCUUCAAUAUAAUGAGUUGUUACACAUUUUGGGUCAAUUUUCACAACCCGAUAUGAACAUGGAUGAGUCGAUUGUUGUUUCUACAAUAAUUGACAAAUUUCCACCUUUGUGGAAAGAUUUUAAACAUACCCUAAAACUGGAAGAGUUAUCUUUGGUUCAAUUGGGUCAUAUCUGUAUUGAGGAGUCACUUCGGGUUCAAGAAGAUGACAAAACCAAAGGAAAAACUCAAGUAUCAUCAUAUGUUAAUGUUGUUGAACAUGAUGGGAAACCCGGGAAGUUUAACAAAUUCAAAAAUUAG